ACCUCAACUCUUCUUUCUUUUUGUGAAGCACAAAGCAGUUUUCCACUCUCUCCCGACUUCCUCACUCUCAAACCUUUGCCUUUUUCUCGCACACACUUGCAAAUUAAAGGGUAUAUUUACCUAUUACCUCCUCCUCGAACUCCUUCCAUUUCUUCCUUUUAGAUUUUGCUUGGUUUCCAAGAGAGCAGAGAGAGAUCUUUUGGGGGGUGUGUGUGAUUGUCCAGCCAUAUUUCCAUACAUAUUUCUCAGACGGAUACCAAAAGAUGCUCCUUCCUACUUUCUGUGCAGUGCAGAUACAGCUUAGUGGUGAAUCCAGCCACUUAUUAAUUUGUUUCCUUCUUGCUUUUGCUUGAGUUCCUCUAUAGACUUUAUUGCCUUGUUAAGAGGCAUAUUUAUUAGUCCCCUCUGUGAUUUUCCUCGGUGGGAAUUUCUUUCUCCCUCUGUUCUCCUAUCUUUCUCUCUUUCUUGAUGGGCUUCGAGAUUUAAACAGUAUUUUUUCGACGCUUUUUGUUUCAAAUCCACCUUUUUAAUGUCUUUGCGGCAGGUUUCUCAAUCACAAUUGUCCCUAAUCUUCUUGUUCACAGCUCUUUCGCUUUCUUUGACAUCUUUAUCUUCUUUUUCAUUGAAAAGAAUCUCGUAGGAGAGACAACUAAUACUGAGAGGAAGGAAAAGCAUGGACCAAGACCAAGGUAUCCUAUGCCCAGUCAAAUUCACAGAGCACCGAAACGUUACCAAAAAGCUCACAAAGCCGGGACAUGUAGUAUCUGAUGGCCACCGGAAACGACAAGCUGUAGACCCAAAUGCCCCGAGAGUCGUUCGUAUUUCGGUGACCGACCCCGACGCCACGGACUCGUCCAGUGACGAGGAGGACGAGGUAGUGUUCUUCUUCGGCCGGCAACGUGUGAAGCGGUACGUGAACGAGAUCAACAUCGAGUCCGGCUGCAAAACCAACGCCAUUUCGAAAGCACGAAAACGACCCGCCGGAGGGUCACCGACCUGCCGGCGGCCACCGAAAAUAGCUCCGACGAACGGUAGGAAGUUUCGAGGUGUACGACAACGGCCUUGGGGCAAAUGGGCGGCCGAGAUUCGGGAUCCCGUGAGACGUGUACGGCUAUGGUUGGGGACUUACGACACUGCCGAGGAGGCUGCCAUGGUUUACGAUAACGCGGCUAUUAAGCUUCGAGGCCCGGACGCUUCAACCAACUUUGUCACUCCACCGCCACCGAAAGAAAUGCCCGAAGUAAAUGUGCCUUCUGUCUCGUGCGAUGAUUCGAGCGACGAGUCUCUAAGUCACAGUCAUAGUCUCUCUUCUCCGACGUCUGUUCUUCAUCGUUACAUAGCUCAUUCAUGUAGUGAAGAAGUCCAACCCACAAAACAAGAAAAAGAACAAGAACCAGAGCAGCAGCAGCAGCAACAAGAAUCAAUUAAGAAACCAGUGGGAAAGUGUAAACGAGAAAAACUAGAUGGGGAGGAAGUGUUUCGAGAAUGUCAAGCCGAGAUGAGUCUCUCUGAUGACCCGGGUAUCGCCGAUUAUCUACAGCUCGAGUUUCCGUCGUGCUACGAAGAUCUCUUUAACUACUCCGAGCCGUCGCUUCUUUUCGAAGACCCGAUGCCGAGAGAUAUCCCGAUGGACGAUUUCGGUCUCUUGUUCGGUGAUAACAGAAACGAAAGUUACGGGUCCUCAUCAAUGGUGAACCCGAACCAAGGAGACGAUUAUUUCCAAGACAUCUUGUUGAGUUCAGACCCUCUUGUGGUCCUCUAAUGGAGUGAAAACAGAGAGGGAUGAGUGUGGUUGUCGGUUGCCGCCUUUGGCUGGCCGAUUUAUCGGCAGAUUUUGUUCCGGUUGUAACCAGAAGUAUCGGGUACUUUUGAUUGUACUCUAAUAUUUAUUAUGGACUAUUGAGCAUUAGUUACGUAUUCGUUUAAAUAUAGAUUACGGAUAAACAGAGUGAAGUUUUGUUUUUGUAUCUUAUCUUUCUUGCUGUAUUUGUAAGACUACUAUUGAGUGUAUAACUUUCAGCAAAU